CCAAAAUAAAAAAUACGGUGAGGCAAAAAAAAAAAAACAAGAGUGAAAAAAAUGGAAGGAAUAGAGCAUAGGAUGGUGAAAGUGAAUGGCAUUAACAUGCACAUUGCCGAGAAAGGUCCCAAGGAAGGUCCCGUGGUGCUUCUUCUCCACGGAUUCCCCGACCUGUGGUACACGUGGCGCCACCAGAUUGAUGGGUUAGCUUCCGCUGGUUACCGGGCCGUCGCUCCUGACCUCCGUGGAUACGGCGACACAGAUUCGCCGGAAUCUUUCUCGGAGUACACGUGUCAUCACGUGGUUGGUGACUUGGUGGACCUUAUCAACAGUCUUGGACAGGACCAAGUGUUCCUCGUCGGACACGACUGGGGAGCUCUUGUCGGGUGGUAUCUCUGUCAGUUUCGGCCUGACAAGAUUAGGGCUUACGCGUGUCUGAGUGUGCCGUUCCGCGCAAGAAACCCUAAGAUCAAGCAAGUUGAUGGGCUGAGAGCAGCGUUCGGAGAGUAUUACUACAUCUGCAGAUUUCAGGCACCUGGGGAAAUUGAGAAAGAGAUAGAUUGCGUGGGGGCAAGAAGGAUUCUAAGGAAGAUCUUGACGAGUAAAAAUCCCGGUGCGCCAUUUCUGCCUAAAGUGAAUCCUUUCGGGAUAGAUCCUGACCCUUCACGUGACCCUGCAUUGCCUGCUUGGUUUUCCGAGGAGGAUCUCGACUUCUACACCAGCCAGUUCGAGAAGUCGGGUUUUACCGGUGGACUGAACUAUUACAGGGCCAUGAAUCUGAACUGGGAGCUGACAGCGCCGUGGACGGGAACUAGAGUCAAAGUGCCUGUGAUGUUCAUGGCCGGCGAUUUGGACAAUGUCUACACAACACCAGGAAUCAGAGAGUACAUCCAUGACGGUGCGUUUGCUUCAGAAGUUCCCAAUCUUCAGGAGGUGGUUGUAAUGGAAGGUGUUGGUCACUUCCUCAAUCAGGAGAAACCCCAAGAGACCACUGCUCACCUCAUUGACUUCUUCGCCAAAUUUCAGGACAGCAAUGGAGUUUAGCUCUUGCUUAUGAUCGUUGUCCCUUUCAUUUCUUCUACUUAUCUCGUUUAGUUGAUUGUUGCAUCAGAACUAUCAUUACACAUCAGUCACAUGGUGAAACCCAUAAAAAAGGUGGAAGCUUUGAA